AUGGGGAAUCAAGCGUCAAAGCUGAGAAGUGCCGAGCAGCCAUGGAUUGAGCAGGGACAGAAAAAACCCUUUUUCAGCAUCUCUCAAUUCAAACUGUGCAAUGUUGUUGGCAAAGGAAGUUGGAGUACAGUUUUCGUGGUGAAAGAUCGUAGCAGCAAGCAAAAGUUUGCUUUGAAAUGUAUUAACAAGAAAAAACAUAAUCCUGGAAAGAUAAAACAACUCCUUACCGAAGUUUCCCUUUUGCGUUCUUUAGACCAUCCUCUUUUGUGUAGAUUUUAUUCGGAAUUCCAAGACGAUAGCAAAAUCUACCUUGUCUCGGAUCUUAUGUUGGGCGGUGAUCUUCGAUAUCAUAUUGCACAAAAUCGCUUUCAAGAAUCCGUCGUGUGUGUUUGGAUUGCUGAACUGGCUUCCGCGCUCAUCUAUAUUCACUCCAAAGGGAUCUUGCAUAGAGAUAUAAAGCCAGACAAUAUCCUUCUCGACGAAUUUGGACAUUGCCGACUCGUCGAUUUUAACGUAGCUUCCCGUCUAUCGCAGAAAACCCCAGAUGGAAAAGGUUUUGUGAAAGGUCGAGUUGGUACUCCUGCCUAUAUGUCCCCAGAAACACUUGUGCACUCCAUCAGCUACCGAGAAUCAGAUUGGUGGUCUUUGGGAAUCACCAUGUACGAAUGUCUAUUACAGAGUAGACCGUUCUCCAGCACUAUGGUGGUCAAUUGGAUUCGUUCUUCCGAAAAAGAAAAAAAUUCUCUCCUCGAAACAAUGUGCUCCUCGCUCGAACUUCGAAAUAACAAACAAUUAGACAUCUUAUCCAAAGAGGCACGUGUUGCUAUUCGCGGAUUUCUAGAGCCAUCUAUAAGAAACCGAUUUGGACAUCAUGAAAACAACAUUCCAAAUAUAUCUUUCUUUUCCCCUGUUUGCUUUGAUACCAUCUCUCAAGGGAAAUGGGCCCCUAAAUUUAGACCAAAAUCUGGCAAACUGUACGCUGACCCUAUUUUAGAAUUGGAAGCAACCUUUUGA